GCAAGUGUACUUCAGUUGUGAGUUUGUAGGCAGAGUCGUGGUCAGACUGUUUGCAAGUCUGAUCAGACUUGCUGUGUAAUGGCUACAACAACUUACAUCGCAUCAAGUGCAGUGUGUUCUGAUCCAGUCAGUGUGCCAGACUGUCUCGCGAUGAACAUAGUGAACACGCAGGGGUACGGCCGCGAGGCCCACGAGAUGAAGUACAUGCCACAACACCAGGGCCCCAUGGCCCACAACCCCUGGGUGGGGCUGCCUCCGUCAGACCCCAGCCACUGGGCCAUGCACCCCCACGCGGGCCUCCAUCAGGACAUCAAGCCCCAGCCCUCCGACGUGGCCAUCCACCACAGGCCGCCCCACCACAUGCCCCAUGGGUGGCAGCCGCCCGUGUCGUCGCCCUACAGCUUGGCGGGCAACGGCGGUUCCCCGCUGGGGCACCACCCUGCCGCCUACGCCAUGAACGGCAUCAUGCCCCACCAGAUGCACGCGGGCCACCUGCGGGACAUCCACUGCGAGUCGCCCGUCACGCCCGACCACCACGUGCACAACGAGGUGGAGGAGGAGACCCCCACCAGCGACGACCUGGAACAGUUCGCCAAGGCGUUCAAGCAGCGACGCAUCAAGCUGGGCUUCACACAAGCCGACGUGGGGCUGGCCCUCGGCACUCUGUACGGUAAUGUGUUCUCCCAGACCACCAUCUGCAGGUUCGAGGCGCUGCAGCUCUCCUUCAAAAAUAUGUGCAAGUUGAAGCCGCUGCUCAUGAAGUGGCUGGAGGAGGCGGACUCCACCACCGGCAGCCCCACCUCCAUCGACAAGAUCGCCGCCCAGGGCAGGAAACGUAAAAAGCGGACCUCCAUAGAGGUAUCGGUGAAGGGCGCGCUGGAGCAGCACUUCCACAAGCAGCCCAAGCCCUCGGCGCAGGAGAUCAGCCAGCUGGCAGACACGCUACAGCUGGAGAAAGAGGUGGUGCGUGUGUGGUUCUGCAACAGACGACAGAAAGAGAAGAGGAUGACGCCUCCUAUCCUGGCUCAGGGACCCGACGGCAACCAGGUGGUGAACGGCGCGCCGUCUGGCCCGGGCCAGCAGAUCACCCCCACCAGUGACUACGGGCAGCCUCGCUCAGUGGAGCUGCCCCGUGAGCUGAAAUACCCGGGCUACACCCACCAGACCAUGCACGGCUCCCCCACACACCUGCCGCCCCAGCACUCGCCACCGGGACCUCUACUGUCGCCACAGAUGCCACCCCACACAGUGGCGCCCUCCCAUGCGGUCUCCCACUGAUGGUCGCUCAACCUGUGGCAGGAUUCCGCUAACUGACCAGUGGCCAGCCGCAGCCCCUCAGCGACCCCUUGGGGCCCACCCGCCCACAUCCCGCCCCUCGUGUCCCUGGAGGCGCCUAGUCGCGGACCUUCCUCAGGGCGUCGCGCCGACUCCGCCGGCGGUGCCGAGGCCCGGCCCUCUAGUCCCCGGGCGCCCCAGGGGGCGGCCGUCACCGCAUCAUCCUUACCAGACUGAAAAACUGGUGUGUCCAUGUGCGUGAAAACUCCCUCGGUGAUAAACGUAUUUUGCGCGCAGUGAGGAUCCAGUGAGGCGCUUCAGGACGGCAGCGCCGCGCCGCGCCGCGCAGACCCCGCCACUGUGCGAAGACUGAGCUUCAAAUUACGUGUGGACAUUAUGUAGCGGUUACCUCGAGUUUUUUGUGUGCGUGUUUGGAACAUUCCAGUGGUGGCGGUGCCGGGCGGCGCGCGGCCCGCCGACCCCGGCCGUGGGCGGCCGUGGGCGGGCGGCCCCGCCCAGCCUCACGCCACAUUCAGCCGCAGCCGCCGAGAAAAUUAAUAAUACCUGGUGGCGGCGGUGGCGGGGCGCGGGUCCGUCCGGCGGUGGUGACCCUCGCACUGCCCGCCCGCCCGCCGCACACACACACACACACACAUACACACACACACACACACACCCUCUCCCUCUCUCUCACACACACACACACACACACACACAUACACACACACUCGCCGCCACCAUCCUGCCAGCCUCAUCCCGGCCGCCACGCGCUGGUGCGGACCGCCGCCACCAUCUGGCAGGCCGGCGGGCGCCGCCGCCGCCACGCUGUACAUAGCGCCGUGUAAAUACCGUGGAAGCCGUGACGGGGCGGCCACCGGCGCCGCACUUGUGAUAUGUCUCAAGAGCUGAAUUUAUAAUAAUUUACUUGUAAUAUAUGUAUAAUUCACACCUAGAUUAACCCUAAGUAUAUUUAGUUUGUGUUGACUGUUUCCCGCCACUGCUGCUCCGAGGGCGGGCCGCCCACUGGCCCGCCGCCGCCGCCGCCGCCAAGGAGUCCCCCGCCCGUCGGGGCGACCCGCGGCGGCAGGUCCGCCUGGCCGAGUCCGCAGGACCAGCGGCCUGGAGUCCCCGAAGAGACUCGCCCCGAGCGUCCGGCCACCCACCUGUUCCCACCGUUGUCCGACGCCCUCGGCCCACCUCCUCGCCGCCCACCGCUGCCCGCCGCCCACCUGCCCCGGGCGGGGGCGCGGCCGCGGGCCCUCCUGCCCCGUCGAGGAACGCCGCUCGUCACGGGUGCCGCCCGCCCCUCCUCCCUCUCCCCUCCUCCUAGCGUCCAUCUGCGGCUUCGAGCGGCAGCAGUGGGUGUGGUGGGUGAGGAGGGCCGGCAUGGGCGGCGGCGCGGCGGGCGGCAGGCGGCGCCUCACGCCCGCCCUCUCUGUGUUUGUUCUUAAUGUUUCCUGAAUGUCUGUACUGAGGCUCCCUAGAAGUAAUGUAGGUGGCGAGGUGAUCCUGAAACCCUCCCCGCGGCGACCAGCGCUGCCGGGAGCAGGCGCGCGGCGCACGAGGCCGCGGGAGGCAGCAGGGGCGUCGCGCUAGUGUGAGAGUACAAAGGAUCACGUCGAGGUUAAAGUAAACAAUCCACGUCAACCAGAGCGUCAACAUCAACACCAUCACUUGGGAUCUGUAGUCACGACUGUACAUAGACUUGUAUUAAACUUAUUAUGAAUAAUAAAUGAAAGUUUGUCUA